ACUUCUAGUAGUAGCUUAUAGCGCCAUGUUGGCUGUGACGACCCGUGUUUUCCUCUGCCUUACUACGGAGCUGACAGGACUGCCCUUUUAAAAAAAACAACAACAACAACACCCUGCACUUCGCUUCGACGAAAGGGAGGAGACGGGGUUUGUUUUUUCUUCUUUUGUUUGUUUUUGUGUUUCCCCCCCCCCCUCGCCCCACUUUCUUUUUUUUUUUUUUUGGUGGUGUGUGUUUUGCACGUCGUCGUUUUGGAUGAUAACUCGCAGAAUGUGCACACGUUCGGCUCUCGGCUGCGUCUGAAGGAAUAACCCGCUCGGGAAACUGUGGCGGUUUCUAAAACGCGUCGGCUGGUCGCUUUUUCCUUCGCCCCACGAUUUCGUCUUCAUAUGUGCAACAAGAUGUCAGACGUGCGCCUUUCCAACGCCAGCCCGACGCUGGAGCGAGUGGACGCGCGGCAGCCCGACCACGGCAAGCCGUCGGUCUGCCGGAACCUGUUCGGCACCGCGGACCGGGAGGAGACCAUGCGGGAGGCCAGGGCCGCCGCGCGGGACAACGAACGGGCUUUCGUCGACAGGUGGAAUUUCGACCCGGCGGCCGACCGGCCGCUCUCCCCGGGGAAUUACGAGUGGGUGGUCGAGAGCAACGCGCCCGAGUUCUUCUUCAGACCGCCGCACGCGCGCCGCGGCGCGGACUUAAACGACAACGACGAGCGCCGGCGGGACGCCGAGAGGAGCGACUCGUCCGACAACGGUCCCAGGAAAAGACCUGCGGGUGUCACAGGUGGUUGUUCGAGUGAGUGUCAGACUAAAAGGUCGCGGACUGGCGAUGAUGACGAUGAUGAUGACGACCAGCCGCAGCCAGCAUGCCGGACGGCAGCAUCUGCGGAGCGGACAUCCAGCACGCCAGAGAAUGAGACACUACUACAUUGAAAUGAGCAGGAGAGUCCUGUCUUUGGGGGAAUACUGCAGCCUUUCUCAGUACCUGACAAGAGGAGAAGAGAGAGGAAGUAAAAAAAAUACAGCCUUAAGAACGGAGGAGAGAGGCUGCACAAGCACUGAAUAUGUACACUAUAAAGUUUUGGCACUCAGAUAAAUUAAAUUGCCUCAAAAGCAGACAAUGUAGCAGUGUGCAAAUGGAUUUCUUUUCCUUUUUGCUCAUUUUUUACUACCUAUGUUUCAGAUGUAGCACAUAAAAAAAUGUUAUGCUUUCAUACCUUAUGCUAAAUAUAUUUGAUUAACUGUGUGUGAAUUUGACUCGGGGAAAUUGCAGUGCAGUUUCCACAAGAGAAAUUAUUUUUGUUUAAAGCGGUGAUAUUGCUGCAUCUUCUUUGUUUCUUUUUUUUUUAAUCAGGUAGAUCAUACACGUUAAAAAUGCAGAUUUGAAAAAGUCAGGGUAUCAUGGAAGCAAAAUGUGUUCAAUUUUGUUCGGCUUUAUCUGUCCCAGUGCUCCAUCUUUUGUCCUGAGGGCCCCAUUUGUUGCUGAUCAUGAUGAUGGAUUACAUUUAUAUAGCGCUUUAUAUAGACACCGAGGCACACUGUAAAUUGAGGGUUCAUGUACCUGGGGCCAGCCACGGCAGAUAAUGUUUACAUGUGAAUCUGAAUCAUAUCUCCUCUAUUUCCCUUUUUUUUUCCUUCCAGGGAUAGACUUUUGCCAAAGUUGUGCCUUUUUUUGUUUGUUUCUGUGGGGGGGGAUGAGAUGACCUUACUGCUGAGCAAUAUCCAACCAAAUUUAGCAUAUUUGCUAACUGUCCACCUUUUUUCAACGUGUCUUAAGGUUAAAUAGAUUAUUUUUGUGGCCUAUGACUCACUUAUCCCCCCCUCCCUCCCCAUUCCCCCCACCCCCCAAGUGUAGACCAUGGAUGUGACAAGUGUUGUUAAUAACACUGGGGCUACACAUUAUGCAAAUGAAAAUAUGUGAAUCAUUCAACAAUUUGUUUUGUGAUGUGGAAUUCAUGUGGAACAUGUAAUUGCACUAUAAGGAAUUUCUCCUUUUUUUUGUGAUUGCAGAAAAAAAAAGACAGUUAACACUGUUGUGAGUCAGUGUCAAACUUUUGAAGUGUACCUGUAUGUAUAUUUUCUUGUAAAAACACUGAGAAAAUUAUACUAACUUAUUUAUGUUGAGCUUUUUUUUUGGGGUGUAUGUAUGGCUUUCCAAAGCAACAUUUUUAAAAAAAAAAUUUUUUUUGCCUUCUCUGUAAAUAGAAUAUUUUCAUUAUAUUGUUUGUAAGGUAAAAUAAAAAGGUUGCAAAACUGAGCCCAAUAAUCAAUUUUACAUCCUGUACUAUGUUUUGUAUUGUUCCUGAAAUCUACCAUUUGAUUAAAAAGAAUUGCUGUCGUAAAAACGAUGUGAGCCCGGGGUUU